CCGCCGCCGGUGCCGGGGCUGUCGGGGCUCACUUUCCCCUGGAUGGAGACGACGCGGCGCAUCGCCAAGGAUCGGCUCUCAGCCGCGCUUUCGCCCUUCGCGGCAACCCGGCGCAUCGGGCACCCCUACCAGAACCGCACGCCGCCCAAGCGGAAGAAGCCGCGCACCUCCUUCAGCCGCGUGCAGAUCUGCGAGCUGGAGAAGCGCUUCCACCGCCAGAAAUACCUGGCAUCGGCCGAGAGAGCCACGCUGGCCAAAGCCCUCAAGAUGACGGACGCGCAGGUCAAAACCUGGUUCCAGAACCGCCGCACCAAGUGGAGGAGGCAGACGGCGGAGGAGCGCGAGGCGGAGCGGCAGCAGGCCAACCGGCUGAUGCUGCACCUGCAGCAGGAGGCUUUCCAGAAGAGCCUGAGCCAGCCGCUGCCGCAGGACCCGCUCUGCAUGCACAACUCCUCGCUGUACGCCCUGCAGAACCUGCAGCCCUGGGCCGAGGACAAUAAGGUGACGUCCGUCUCGGGGGUGGCCUCCGUGGUCUGAGGGCGCUGCGUGGCGGAUGGGAGCCCCUGUGCCCCCGGGGGCCCCGAACUGAUGGGAGCUUUGGCCUGGAGGGAUGCGAGGCCACCCCGAUGCCCAGC